ACCUACGUCACAUCCUAGUAGUUCGUUCCCAAGAGCGCGGUCAGUGUCUGAAAUCUGCAGUUUUCUCACCUGAAACCACGUGAAGUCGAGAAUCAGCAGAAGAAAUAGAUAUAUUCUCACUUAACAUGAGUGACGACCCGGACUCCCCAUCUGAAAGGGAGAUGAAGGAUUUCCAGUUCCGGCAAAUGAAGAAAACCAGAGUCUUCGACUCCCCCGAAGAUCUUCCAAAGGAGAGAUCCAACUUGCUAUGCCUCUCCAACAAAUUUGGUCUGACAUUUGUUGGACACGAAAGAGAACUGAAAGUAUACUUCACCCGGGACAUUAUAGCUGCAGAUAAAGUUGAGGGCAACUCCAAUGAAAUAGUGGAGGGAAUCGCUGCACUGGUGGAGGUUCCUGUGGAGUUGCCCCUGCACCACUUGGCUCUUAGCAGUGAUGAGCUCACUCUGUCAGUGUGUGGCAUGUCAGAGGAGUCUGGCCUCUUGCUGGCUUUCUAUGAUGUCCGCAUCUUUAUCAACAAGGCCAGACCCCAAAAGUUACCAUUUGCAUCAUUGAGACCUGCAGCGUGCCUCGGCACUUGUGUCCAGGACCUGAAAUGGAACCCUGUGCAGGCGUCAAUCCUGGCAUCCUGUCUAUCUGACGGCAGUAUGAUGGUGGUAGAGGUGACUGGCAGUGCCACAAUUCAGGCCCAGCUCCCCUCUGUUGUGGGCAUUACAUGCCUAUGUUGGAGUCCCAAAGGAAAGCAAGUAGCUGUGGGAAAAAUGAACGCCACCGUCAGCCAGUAUACUCCGACACUGCAGGAAAAGAAAGUCAUCCCAUGUCCAAGCUUUUACAGCUCUGACAACCCUGUCAAAGUGCUCGACGUGCUGUGGCUGAGUACGUAUAUGUUUGCUGUGGCAUACGCUGCUGCUGACGGCUCCCCCGAGACCCCCCCAGAAUUGGUGGUUGUGUCCCUGCCGAAAAAAGAGGAUAAGAGGGAAGAGAGGUACCUCAACUUCAAUGACCUGGUGUAUGGUACCUGUACCGAGAGGCAGCACCACUACUUUCUUAGCUACAUUGAAGACUGGGGCAUUGUUCUUGCUGCAUCUGCAGCCUCCAUUGAAGUCAGCAUCAUUGCCAAGCAAGAGGAUACGACUAAUUGGGAACUGUGGCUGCUAGAGGAUGCCAGUCGAGGAGAGCUGCCUGUCACCCAGACCAACGACGACACACUGCCUCUGGGGUUAGCCAUAGACUACACCAGUCAACAGCAGAUACACAUCACGGAUGAGAAAACUCUGCCCCCUGUGCCCACCCUGCUGAUACUUUCCACGGAUGGGGUUUUGUGCCCCUUCGCCCUGCUCAACCUCAACCCAGGCGCCAAGCAACUUGUCACAGCUCCUGUCAGCCUGGUCCUGGAGGGGGAAAGGGACCUCCCCGCAGUUUCCGUAGCUGCCCUGCCCACCAUCAAGCCCAGCCCUGGCCUCCCUCCAGCCACCAUCAAGCCCAGCCCUGGCCUCCCUCCAGCCACCAUAGCAUCCCGCCCUUCCUCUGCUGCUAUGGCCCCAUCCACCAUCUCGUCCCCUGCCCCCUUCGCUGCCCCCACCUCCUCAUCCUUCUCCCUUCCCUUCUCCUCUUCCUCCUCCGUGGCUACCUCCUCCUCUGCCUUCUCCUUUGGGGGGUCGGUCCCAGCCUUUGGCUUGGCCACAGGCUCCACUGUUCCCUCUGGCUUCUCUUUUGCCACUAAGCUCCCCUCUGACAUCUCGUCAGCCUCCGCCUUCUCGUUCAGUGCCCCCUUGGUAAAGCCGCAAAUGGAAGCGGCCCCACCUCCGGCCUCAGUCGCCCCCACCCCCCAGUGCUACGCAACCGCGUCUCCCAUGAUUGUUCAAAGGGGCACGUCUGAGCCUGCCACCCCAGUGGUCAAGCUCAAUCUCAAUGACAGGUUUUUGGCAGUGGAGACUCCAGUUGCAGCACCAGCCUCCCAGACUUUCUCUUUUGCCCCCACCCAUAAGACUGUCUUCACUGAGCCAGUCAGCGAGACGAUUGCUGUUACCAAAACCCCCAUCAUUCCAGCCCCAGUACGGCCAGUCCAAAUCAGCUCAACCUCUUCUGUGGGACAAAGGCCUGCCCCGUCCCAAACAAGUAAUCCUACUUCCCAGACUGCAGCUCAGGCCGUUAAAACUUUGGAAAAAGAACUUAAGCAGAGGAAGGACUCCGACCCCGUCAUGGCCGGUAUUCUGGAAGAGAUCGGCCACUUCCAAAAGGAGCUGGAUGAAUUGAAGGCUCGCAGCAAUAAGGCAGACUUCCGGGUUGGCACCGGUGAGGAGAUGAGGGAGCUAAGGAAGGAAUCUGAGGACCUUCAUGUCUUCACCCUGGAGAUCAAAGAGACCACCGAGUCCCUGCACUGUGACAUCAGCACGCUGAAGACCACCAUGCUGGAGGGCUUUGCUGGGGCUGAGGAUGCAAGAGCCCAAGGGGAGCUCAGCCGGGACAGGGGAUACCUCCAGUUGCUUUACAAGAAACCCCUGGACCCACGCAGCGAGGACCAGCUCAAAGAGAUCCGUAGACUGUACCAGUAUGUGAAGUUUGCUGUGGAGGAUGUGAACGAUGUGCUGGAUGUGGAGUGGGAGAAGCACCUAGAGAAGAAGAAAAAGCAGAAACACAUGAUUGUGCCGGAAAGAGAGGCCCUAUUCACAGCCCUGGCCAACAAUCUGGACAUUAUCAACCAGCAGAAGCAGAGGCUGGAGCAGCUGGUGAAGGAACUGCACAUCCUGCGGCUCUACAGAGAAACAGCAACCUGGAGUGCUCCACCGCUGCUACCUUCCCAGCCCAAACUCGCUCCUGCAGUCCAGACCACCGCUGUUACACCCACCAACACUCAACAAGGUCAAGACAAUGAGCUGGAAAGUCUGAGGAACGCAUUUCUAAAAGCCAGCCUGGAGGCCACUCCCAAGGGCACCUCAAAAUCUCCAGCCAAGAUGUCUCCAGUUAAGCAGUCCCAGUUACGCAAUUUCCUCUCCAAGCGGCAGACUCCUCCAGUUAGAUCAACUGCCCCAGCCUACCUGUCGCGCUCAGCCUUCCUCUCCCCCACAUACUACGAAGACCUGGAUGAAGUCAGCACCACGUCGUCUUUCUCCCAGGCCCUGGACCCCAACCACACCCACCCAGAGCUGGAGGAGGAGGAGGAUCUGGAACCUGAGCCCGCCCCCCUGCCUGUACUGUCCCCCGUGUCUGUGCCCAGGCACCCCACGGUAGUGAGGACCCCCUCAAUCCAGCCUGGCUUUGGAGCCAUCCAGUCAACACCCUUCAGCAAGGUCCACCACCCUGGGCUGGGACUGGGACUUAGCCCUAUCAUCAGCCCAGUUACAACCAAUAAGAUCCACAUGGGAGGGGCUGAUAGCACGGCACUAGCUACCAAAACAGUGAAACAUGGGGCCCCGCCCACUGAGAAGGCCACACCGGUCACCAUCCCUGCCCAACAGGCCGCAGCAACCGCUGCUCUCCGUAGGCAGAUGGCCAAUCAGAAACCAGCAGUCAGUGCUUCCCCGACAGAGUCUACGCUGAAGAAUAUCCCCCAGGUGGUCAACGUUCAGGAUUUCAAGGACAAGGGACCACCCAUGCCUGUCUCCACGGUGAUCAGCUCCUCAGUCCCAGCUCCUGCAGCCCAGGUGGUCCAACAGGUCUUGGCGACUGUGGCCACCACCAACCAGGCCAAACGGAAUUCCACCCAAGGGAUACUUAAGGUGUCCACAGAGGGUACGGCCGCCCCCCUUUCAGGGUUAGUGUUAGGCGAAGCCCCCAAACCAGAUGGCCUAGUCCCCUCUACCGUGGCCCAAUCUCAGGGGAUGCAGAGCAGCAAGGCCUUCUCUUUCACAACCACGUCUAUUAGUGGCUUCAGUUUCUCAUCAGUGACCCAAGAAGCUGCAAACUCACAAGUGAAGGAUGUGGCUAAAUUCUCCUUCAGUGGUAGCAGCAAUGCGGGCAAGAUGUUCUGCAAAGUGGAAGAGGGGCCUUUCUCUUUUACCCCCAAGUCCACCUCACCAGCCUUGGGAGGUGACAGUUUUCCCACACCCCCUCCAAGCAUGUCAGGGGAGGCUGGCCAGCCAUCUUCCAUCAGCCCUGCACUCCCAGUGGAGCCCCAAGGGCCUAAAGUAGGGGGGGAGACCCUGGGGAUUUUCUCUGGAUUGAGAGUAGGCCAAGGGGACGAAGAGGUUAAAGAUGUCACCAAGCCAUCUGCUUUCAGUUUUGGACAGCCCAACAAUGAAGGCGGGCUAGAUGUUAGUGCGGCACACUUUCAUUUUGGAGCAGCCUUACAGCAAGGAAAACCAGCUGAGGUGGAGUCUGAAGCUAAAGACUUGUCCAAGACCACCAAACCACCGGAACCAUCCUUUUGCAGCCUCUUGGCAGCGCCCGUUCCCUGUUCUUCCCCCAAUCCAGAGGAGAAGCCCAAAGCCCCCACACCUCUGUUGGACCCUACCCCUUCCCCAGAACGCAAGCCAUCCCUUGAACCUCAGAGAGAAGACACUCCUCCCCUCUCUGCUGGUUCUGUCCCUGCAGGUGACGUACCCCCCCCAUCCAACCCCUCACUCACAGCCUUGAUUUGUGAAAAAACCUCCACGCCCCAUGUCGCAACCCCUUCAGUGGCCCCUUUCCUGCCAGUGUCAGUCACCCCGCCUACUGAGGGUGGUAUCACUUCACUGCCCCUGCCCCCUAGCGUCAACCCUGAAUCAACCCAAGAAACCGCUCCAAAUCCAAUUUCCUCUCUUCCCCUAACUCUGGAAUCUGCCCCACCACCACCUCCCUAUCACCCCCUCGCCACCUCUGACAAGCCUGGGUCUAUUUGUUCCCAGCCCACUCCUCCUGAUGACACAUCCAUGGCAGUCCCCAACCUCACCCUAGUCAUCAAUACUGCCGCCCCCACUGCCACCACCCUCACCCCGACCGUGGCUAACAUUGCGCCGAUAUCCUCAGCCUCAGUCUUUGAGCAGCCUGUUCUGAUCCCAUCCUCCUCAGCCUCUGCCCCAGCCCUGGCCUCAGCCGCCACAAGCUUCUGCACUCCCAGCUUUGGCGCCAAUACCGGAGGAGGAGCCUUCGGCACCCAAACCGUAUUUGGACAGGGGGGUGGGUUUGGACAGCCUGCCCCUAAUACAACUGGCUCUGCUGCCAGCUUCGGCUUCGGCCAGUCGGCAUUUGGCACCAGUCCUGGAUUUAGCCAACAUGUGGCAACUGCCACCCCUGUAGCAGCAUCCAGUAGUGCCACUACAACCGCUGGAGGGAGUUUGUUUGGAGGCCCAAUUUCAAGCAAUGCCAGCUCCUUCUCGUUUGGCACCUCCAACAAUGCCAGUGCGGCCAGCAGCACAGGGAUUUUUGGGCAGAGUGCCACCCCGGGCUUCGGACAGCAGAGUUCUGGGUUUGGGCAGGGGUCUGUUUUCGGGGGCAACACCACCACCACGUCUUCUACUGGGUUCAGCUUCGGACAGCCCUCAGCUUUCGGAAGCUCCGCCACCUCUUCAGUGUUCGGACAGCAGCCCAGUGGAGGGAGUGUCUUCGGACAGCAGCAGCCAUCUGGCGGGGGUCUGUUUGGGUCAGGCUCCACUGCCCCAGCCGCCCCUGGUUGUGGGGUUUUUUUUAGUGGCCUGGGGGGAAAACCCAGUGAUGAUGCAGCCAGCAAGAACCCCUUUGGAGCUACACCAAGCACCGGGGGCUUUGGCCAACCCAGCCAGCCAGGUUCCAGUAGUCUGUUUGGAAGCAGCGGGGCCAAGACCUUUGGCUUCGGCCAGACUUCAUCCUUUGGAGAACAGAAACCCAGUGGCACCUUUAGCACUGCUGGAGGGAGUGUGGCUGCCCAAGGGUUUGGAUCCUUCUCCACCCCAGCCAAACCAGGUGGCUUUGGCAGCGCCCCCGUGUUUGGUAGCCCACCAGCUUUUGGGGGCUCCCCAGCGUUUGGGGGAGCUGCAGCCUUCAGUUCUGCCCCCUCCUUUAGCAGUCCUAUGGGAUCCACGGCCGGCAAAGUAUUUGGAGAGGGUACAGCAGCCGCCAACAUGGGAGGAUUCGGCUUUGCAUCACCACAGAGCGGGCCAACGUUUGGUUCUCUAGCCAGUCAGAGUGCAGCGCCGUCGUUCAGCAGCCUGGCUCAGCAGCAGCCUGCUUCAGGGUUCGGAGCUCCCCAGCCUGGCGGUUUUUCGGGCUUUGGACAGUCUGGAGCGGGAGCCUUUUCUGGAGGAUUUGGUUCCACCAAUCCACUCACUCCAAGAUGGCCUGGACUACAAUGAGACUACUUUCUUUUUAUGUUUUCACCUUGAGCUGCAUAAUAUUUCCAAAUGUCUGUAACAUUCAUGUUAAGAAAUGAACCAAAUAAAACACAUGUAUUUUGA